AUGGAUCCCGACUGCAACAACUCUUGCACGAAGGAGCCCAGCUCACCUCAACUGAUCUCGAGCCCCCAAACUAACCGCCAUGCAACUGGAGGUGGAACGAACCGGCAGAUCAAUCUCCAAAAUCUGGAAAACCUUGGUGCACAAAGUACGGACAGCGGUACGGUGCCGAACCUGAAAUGGAGCUUUAGCGAUUCCAAGACCAAGAUCUUCAACGGCGGCUGGACGCGCACGCAGGUUGUGGCCUAUCUGCUCGCCAGUCACGACCUCGCUGCUGCUCAGCAACACUUGAAGAAGGGACCGGUGUUUUCCCCGAAAACAGCGGCCACUACAUAG